CGACAUCAACAACCGCACAUCUGGUUUUCUCCCUGGCAGUCACAACACUCCUUCUAACCAUGAGCACACCUUCGACGAUGACAACGACAUGGAACUCUCACCGCCUCCUGCUUUAAUAUCUCCACUCUCCUCCGCUUCUUCUCUCUAUACUCGUUCACCCAUCGUCGUGCAAAAUUCAGUCCCUGUCAUCACCAAGAGCCCCCCGUUGGCGGCUCAUACUGACAGCGCCACAUCUACCAUUACAUCCAGGCCAUACCAUCAGUUCAAUGUUCCCUUGCCUCAGCAUCACUCCAUGUCAUCUCCGGAUCCCCUCGUUGAUAUUACCCAUAUUCGGGUGCGUUCCAAAGGUCAUCAUUGCCUCUACCCCGGAGCUUCAUUUCAGGGCACACAAAAGAGCGGAAGGAAUAGCUAUGACGUGAAUGUCACUAUCGUGGACGUCAACUUUUCCUCCUCUUUCCUUUGCGGAUACCUUCGUAUAAGGGGCCUAACGGAUGAUUGGCCAGAGUUAACGACAUACUUCGAUGCCGAAAUAAUAGGCAACCGUUAUGGAUUUUUGACCCAGAAUUGGGGCGCCAACGAGCAAGAAGAUAUGGUUCAUUGGCAGCGUUUCCCAGCUUUCCGUCAUGUCAAAAGUGAUUUGAAAAAACCCCACUUGACCAUGGCUGACAGGGACCGAGGUGCGGUGUUCAUGAGGUGGAAGGAGAGAUUUUUAGUACCCGACCAUCGUGUGCAGGACAUCAAUGGCGCUAGUUUCGCAGGUUUCUAUUAUGUCUGUGUAGAUUUCAACCCUCAGCCAUCUUCUUCUGCUUUACGCCCAGCGCCGUUGGAGAACGAGCUUAUGGACUUGAGCACUUCGAUUUCCCAAGGAAAAUCUGAGGCAGUUCCGAUUUCGCCUCCACGGAGAGACUCAAGUGCAAGGAGAGGUACUCGUGGUUCUUCUGUUGGCCCACGCGCAUCGCCUCCGGUCGCUACAAUGAGCGGUUUCUAUUUCCAUCAAAAUUCAGAACCAUAUCAGCAGCUGUCUUUAUGCCACGUGCCGGAAUCAAGGAGCUCCAGCUUCGAGUUUCGUUAAGAGACUUGUUGGUGGGGCAGUAUAAUUCAGGGCAUUUGUAAUUCUUUGGACUAUGUUUUCUAUUUUGUCAUCACUAUAGUACUGUAUGCAUCACAACUCAGUCGUGUUACCGUAGUACAUCUUAUUUUCCUUUCGACUGUUCUAUGUGUUCUACCUUCUAUUAGUGUCACUGAUUGUAUUUUGCAACGUCUUUUCUCAACAUGCAUCCCCUUCCAUGUUUUCAGU